CGGGUGGGAAAAUUCUGCGUUGGAAAGGAGAGCUUUCUUGUGAGCUAGAUGCUUAGCUCUUCCUCCUAAGUUUGGGGAACGCACAAAUCUUUCCUUGUUCAUGAUUAGAGGUUCACGGCCAAUUGACCGAGCGGGAAUCAUGCCGAGAGAAGCGCUUUUGCGGCCCUCUAAUGAUGGAGAAAUUCAAUUCCCGACAGCUUCAGCCUGCAUAGAGAAGGGGGGUAUGCUGGGAAUUGUAGUUCAGCAGUAAAUGGAGGUUUGCAAGUUUCAAAUAUGGAGGAGGAAGCCAUUUACGAUUUGAUUUCUAAUUCACCACAUGAGAUUGGACUGGCCCGGAUCUGGAAAAUACCAGCAAGGGAGGUUCGUUAGCAUGCUGCAGCAGCCAAACAUAAACGAGUUUUUUUGAAUGCUUCAAGACGGCGCUAAGAAAUUUGGUAGCUCAUCAGAUGCUCCUAAAACCAAACAACGCCAGCCAAUAUGCAAAUAGUCAAGGAUGAUGGGAAUUGUAACCCAGAAAUAAUUGAAGGGCCACAGUUUCUUCAUCCCCUGCUUAAACAGUCUAGCAGUCUAAACUCUUGUGAAAAAGCACAGCAUCGCAUACAUGGAAGCCACGCUGGUGACUGAAUCCUAAGGCUAGAAAUUCAAGUAAUUUGUAAAAGAAUGAUUCCAGGGUAAUAUUCAUCUAUCAGAGCUGGGUUCAGUAUUUCCACCCUCAUCUCCACCAUCAAGUUGCUAGGUCCUUCUCUGCUGAGACUCCCUUAGUUUGCAUUUUGGAAAUACUUUGGAAUGAUAUCCUGUCUUAUUGUCUACUCAGGAGGACAAAGAUGAUAUAAAGCCGCAAACAGAUUAAGUGUGAAACAGUCAACAGCUAACUGUGGUUCCUGCAUGAGAGCAGUUGACAGAUACCAGUUUGGGUGGGUGGGAUUGGCAUCAUCUACAAAGAAGAUUACUAGAAAAACCCAAUGCAUUUUUUCUUCUGGUGGAAUUAGAAUUUGAAAAAGAUGCUACGUAUGAGCUGGAAUAGUCAUCUGAAGUUACUAUGUCACAGCAUGGUUUCUGAUGUGUAUUUAAAGUUGUUUUUCUCAAGAAGCUUUGCCGUUAGCUGGAAGACAUGGACAUUCAUGGACUCUGUUGUUGGAGAUAAGAACAUUGUUUUGAUGGGGCCUCCUGGCGCUGGAAAAACAACAGUAGGAAAAAUAUUAGGUCAGAAACUGGACUCUUGUUUCAUAGAUGUGGAUGAUGAUGUCCUUGAAACAACUUGGAAUAUGAGUGUGGCACAAAAAUUGAAGGAAGUUGGGAAUGAGCAGUUUAUAGAAGAAGAAGGAAGAGCCCUCUUAAACCUUUCAGCAUCUGGAAGUGUAGUUUCCCUUUCUGGAUCUAACCCAAUGAAUGCUGCUAGCAUGGAGCAUAUGAAGAAAAAUGGAAUAGUGGUAUAUCUGGAUGUACCCACAGAAAGCAUAAUGGAUCGUUUGAAAUUAAUGAAGGUGGAUCGUAUUGUGGGACAAGGUCAAGGUACAUCAUUAAGAGACAUUAUUCAGAUCAGGAAGCAGUUUUACAAAAAGUGGUAUGAUGUCCGUGUCCUCUGUGAAAAUGGGAUUACAGCAGAGACUGUAGCAGACAAAGUGCUUCAUGCUGUUAAGAGGUAUCAAGAUUCUGAGCUGGAAUGCUUCAUUUCCACCCGUGGCAUUAAGAAAGAUAAGUCAAGGAACUGCGUUAAGUAUUUCAGUGAUGCUCUUAUUGAAGGUCUGGCCCCAGAUGGUGGGCUCUUUGUUCCUGAGAUGGGACUUCCAAAAUUCACUGGUGGAGAAUGGCAACAUUUAUUAGGGGCAACUUAUACCGAAAGAGCUCAGGUUAUACUGGAAAGGUGCAUACAUCCUGAUGAUAUUCCUGCUUCCAAAUUGUGGGAAAUGAUUGAGAUGGCAUAUGGACAAAAUUUUAUGUGUUCUAAGGUCGCCCCAGUUAGGCAUCUGCAAGGGAAUCAGUUUCUUCUGGAGCUGUUUCAUGGACCGACGGCUUCAUUUAAGGAUUUGUCUUUGCAGUUACUGCCCCAUCUCUUUGCAUAUUGCAUUCCCCAAAGCUGCAAUUACUUGGUCUUGGUAGCAACUUCUGGUGACACCGGAAGUGCAGUUCUAAAUGGUUUUAGUCGACUGAAGGAGACUGAUAAGCAAAGAAUUGCUGUGAUCACUUUCUUUCCUCGUGACGGAGUUAGCCAGAUACAGAAAUUCCAGAUGACCAGCUGCCAAGAAGCAAACACAAAGGCAAUAGGGGUCCAGUCUGAUUUUGAUUUUUGCCAAUCUGCCAUCAAACACAUGUUUACCAAUUCAGAUUUUACUGGCUUUCUCACAAUGGAAUAUGGAACAGCGUUAAGUGCCGCAAAUUCUAUCAACUGGGCACGCUUGCUUUCCCAGGUGGUUUAUCAUGCAUCAGCUUAUCUGAACCUUAUUGAGCAAGGUGUUAUUUCAUUUGGGAGCCCCAUAGAUGUCUGUAUUCCCACAGGUAACUUUGGCAACAUAUUAGCCGCGAUCUAUACAAAAAUCAUGGGGAUCCCUAUUCGGAAAUGUAUCUGUGCUUCCAAUCAAAACAACGUCUUGACUGAAUUUUUAAAAACUGGCCUGUAUGAUUUACAAGGAAGGCAAUUAAUGCCAAGCUUGUCCCCAGCAAUAGACAUUUUGAAGUCUUCCAACCUUGAACGUUAUUUACACCUGAUUGCUAAUGGUGAUGGACAGCUGGUGACACAGUUACUUCUCCGCCUGGAAAACCAGCAGUGCUUCCAGUUGCAGGAAGAGCUCCUGCGAAAGGUUCAGCAGGACUUAGUGGCCGAUUGGUGCUCUGAGGAAGACUGUCUGGAUGCGAUACACUCUGUGUUCAAUACCACAGGGUACAUUCUGGAUCCACAUACAGCUGUUGCCAAAGUGGUUGCAGAUCGACUUCAGGAUAAAACUUGCCCCGUUAUCAUUUCUUCUACUGCUCAUUAUUCCAAGUUUGCACCUGCUAUCCUACAGGCACUGAGGAUUGGGGAAAUAAAACAGACUCCAUUAAGCCAGCUUCAGUUGUUAAACUCAUAUAACCCUUUGCCUCCAGUCCACGGGGGCCUAUUAGAGAUGCUGCGAAAGAAUGAGAAACCAAACUAUGAGAUCUGUGCUGCUGACGUGAAUGUCCUUAUGGAACAUGUUGAAGGCUUAAUACAGAAUCGCUUUAUGAAGGUUUUCUAACUGCAAGAUGCUUGGUGCUGGCUAGCUGUAUUGUUUUUAAUAUCCUCGCUCCCCUGUAUGUUUUAAUAAAUGCUUAGUAGACGCA